CUACUGGGUCGAGCUGCUGACAGCGACAAGAUGAAGGCGAAGGACACCGCGCUGGUGUCUCAACCUGAGCCUAUCAAGAAGCUCGCUCGAAAGAAAGCCAAGAAGAGGCUCAGGAAGAGCAAAGCGCAGGGAGGAAGCGUGGUUCCUGGAAGCCUCCCGCCAGCUGUCGCGGGCCGACCGCCAAAGGCCCCAGAGAACUUUUCUCAGAAUUGGAAGGCGCUGCAAGAGCUGCUGAAACAGAAGUCACAAGCUCCAGAAAAACCUCUUGUCUCUCAGAUGGAUGACAAAAUGCAUCCCCAAAUAAUCCAGCAGAACAAAAAAGAGACCUCAGAUAAAUCAAAGGGAGACGGGAAGAGGACAGAAAAAGACCAGACCAUUAGGGGUUCUGUUACAGCUCCAUCUAAGAAGGACAGGAAGAGAUCUGUACCUCCCACAAAUUCCUCUGGAACAGAACAGAAGAAAGACACCAAGAAAAGGACAUAUAGUGACAUCUCUUCUCAUCAAGGGGACAUCAAGCAUAAGUGGAAAGCUAAGGAGGCAGCUGUUGUCAUGAACCAGUCCUCACCUACUGAGGAAGACAUCUGGUUUGAUGAUGUGGAUCCAGAUGAUAUUGAGGCUGCCAUAGGCCCAGAGGCAGCCAUGUUGGUACGGAAGCGGCUGGGGCAGAAGAGCAAGAAAACUAUCUCUCUGGUGAAGGAACAGGCCUUUGACGGCCUGACAAAAGCCUUGGCCCUGGAUUGUGAGAUGGUAGGAGUGGGCCCCAAGGGGGAAGAAAGCAUCGCAGCCCGCGUGUCCAUCGUGAACCAGUAUGGGAAAUGUGUUUAUGACAAGUACGUCAAGCCAACUGAGCCCGUGACAGACUACAGGACAGCAGUCAGUGGGAUACGGCCUGAGAACCUGAAGCAGGGAGAAGAAUUUGAAGUCGUGAAGAAGGAAGUGGCAGAAAUGUUGAAGGGCAGAAUCCUGGUUGGGCAUGCACUACACAAUGAUUUAAAGGUUCUGUUCCUUGAUCAUCCAAAGAAGAAAAUCAGGGACACCCAAAAAUUCAAACCUUUUAAGAGUCAAGUAAGGAGUGGAAGGCCAUCUCUGAAACAACUUUCUGAGAAAAUUCUGGGGAUCAGGGUCCAGCAGGCAGAGCAUUGUUCGGUCCAGGAUGCCCAGGCAGCAAUGAGGCUUUACAUCAUGGCAAAACGGGAGUGGGAGAGCAUUACUGCAGACCGGCGCCCCCCAGCCACCACCACCCCAAACCGAUGCAGCGAGUACGCUUAGCACCAACCUACUGAUGUCACCACCCCUCCAUCCUUCAGUGACUCCAGUGGCAGUUGGGAUGGGGCCAUGGAGGCCUAUCAUGUCUCCGCACAGCAGGACUCACUCUGGUGAGCAUUUUCAGAGCCAUGGCUGCGAGGGUGUGUCCCUCCUGGACUCUGCUACCAGGCCAGGUCCUGCACCUGUGUGUUGAGGUAGACUAGUUAGCUACCAGGACAGGAGUCAGGGGUGUGAUGUAGGUUCAGGGGAAGGAGAGCAUUGGAAUGGAUAAGUGUGCUGCAGUACCUGUUUGCUGACCACCUGUACUACCACUUAACGAUGAACACAACUGGAUUCAGCCAGGGCAUUCAGCACCUUCCCACUUCUUGUGGGUAAGGAGAUAAGCACUGCUGCACCUAAUGGAUCCAAGCUAAGGGCCUUCAGUCUGCUGCAAACCAAUCUGUCCAGUACAGCACUGCCCAAUGAGGACUUUCUUAAAGCUACUGGGCUGGGGCUACUUUCUCACUCCUAUGUCCCUUGAUUGGUUCAGAGUCAUCUAAAAUGCCAACAUCCAGUACGGUGUUCUCCACACAGUCCCUGGGGUGAGACUUGGGGCACAGGUACACCUGGAGGUGCAAGACCCUACUGUCUGGGGCACUGUUAACAGAAAGGCCAUCUGCUAGCAACAAGUGCAGAGUGGCCAGUUCACUUUAUGGACCUACCUGACAACUCUUAGAAUGGAGCUGUGGGCUGGGGUGUGACUUGGCACUCAUCCACUAUGUGUAAGACCCUGGGUCCCAUUCCCAACACUGUCAAAAAUAAAUGGAUGGAUAGAUGGA